UCACAUUAUGCCAGCUGCCAGACCGACGCAUAGCUAGCUAGCGUUAGCCGGCUAGCUAGCAGCGAAGGCAACGGAGCAGGUCUGAAAUGCCAGCAACUUUACUGAGACAGUCGACCUUAAGUUACAUACAAGCACAUUUUCGCAUAAAGUUAGUGUUUUAUAUGUCACAUUAGUAAUGUAUUGUUAAGAGUGCUAAUAGAGCUUAAACUGUUCAACCUAGCUAGCUAAAGUUAGCACUGUGAGGCUAACAGCUUGUGAGCUUUGCAGGCCACAAGCAAGUUAGCACACUUUCACAGGGCUAUGGCAUUUAUAGUUGCAUUUUUUAAUAACUAUACACUGUUAACCCUCCUAUUAUCUUUGGGGCCAAUUUGACCCCACUCAACGUUUAACGUCUUUAAAUGGGCGAGUAACAUUCUUUUGCGUCACAUUAAAUGCAUUAAAUAGUGGAUAAACAUGUAAUUGGCAUGAUUACAGUAUAUUUUCAAUGUCGUGUAACCUGGGGCCAAUUUGACCACAGGCUGUUUUUAGCUGUAUAUAACAUAAGAAACACUAACAUCUUAAACACACUUGUUUUAGCUGUUUCAGAUGACACUGAGGAGCUAUAAUAUGUCAUUUAUAAUGGUCAAAACAUUCCCCUGUACUGUAGAGCUUUCACCAAGCAUAACCACACCCUUAGCAGUGUGAGAAACACUGAUAGUUACGGUGACAUUUGGGAGAGAAAAACAUGAUUCCCAUAAGAAAUUUGAUAUAUAAGGGAGAGGGGAUUUUUUAUGUAAAGGGAUAUUUAGGUAGGCAACAAGAUACAUUCAGUGCCUGACACAUAAUUUGUUUAACAUCUAUUAUUACGAUCAUUUUCUGCAGGUUUUAAUUGCUGGAGUCAAAUUGACCCCACUUCAUCAAAACUGUUAGUAAAUUUGAAGGUAACAGGAGGGUUAACUGAGGACUAACCCAGACUAUAGCAAGUUAACAUGAUUAUUAUGUACAUGACAUAUGUUAUUAUUCUGGUUUUGCUUAUGUUUUUUAUCUUUGAAGCAUUUACAAAAACCAACAUGUCUUAUCACCCUUGUUUGUUUUUUGUUAAGGUUGAGGUUGGAAGAAGGCAAAAGGCGGAAGAAGUUUCAGAUGUGAAGUUGUUAUUGUUUGAUGAAGCUGAUGGUGUUGAUGCAUGCUAAUGUAUUGGCGUUUGGAGGCUGACAGAAGCAAGCAAGAUUUCCCCACUACUAGAGUGGUGUAAUGGCAGAUGGUAAAUGGGGAAGAGGAGGAAAAAAGAAGUCAUAAUGUCAAACAGAAGAAAGAAGAAAGGAGUGGUUGUUUUGAAGUUAUGAAGUUAAAGAAGUUAUGAAGUUAAAAUCAGAAGUGUACGGGGGUAUGAGUAUAUUCCUAAUAGCCUGCUAUGUUACUUCUAUAAUUCAUUCUUUCUUUUCUCUGAAGCAUGCAUUACUUUUCCUCUCUGUAACAAAUCACUGGUUCAUAACAUGCAGAUUUAUUUUUAUGCAAACUGGAUUUGAGCUAAAUUAGUUCAUUUGUACUUAAAUGAUUAAAAUGUAUAUUAUGUAUUAUUUUUCUUAGGCAAACCUUUUUAGGCUCAUUCAGUGUAUAAUGUCUUAAUUGCUAAAUCCCAAAGUGAUGUGGACUCCUUUUUAAAGGGGCAUGUAGAAGGCGUGAGUGAGGUCCCCUCCUGGCCCUUUAAUUCCUUGUUGUUUGACUGGAUGUCGGCUGCAGCAUGUGUCUCACCUGCGUCCUGCCUGUCCAGGACUCACGGUCUGGCUCAAGGAGUGUGUCCCCUCGGGGCUCUGGGAAGUCUGCCAGCCGCUCCCCGGCCCAUUCCCCUGCACGCUCCAAAGAUGGCUCCCGCCAUUCCAGGUCCAAAUCUCGUUCUCGAUCCCGGUCCAAAUCCAGGUCCCGUUCUUAUCGAAGUUCACGCAGGCACUACUCUCGCUCUCGUUCCCGCUCGCACCGCCGACGUUCACGCAGUCGAUCUCGAAGCUGGGAAUACCGUCGACGCAGGAGCCACAGCCACUCCCCCAUGUCAAACCGUCGCAGACACAUCGGCAACAGGGCCAACCCAGACCCCAACACAUGUCUUGGUGUGUUUGGGCUAAGCCUGUACACAACUGAGAGAGACCUGAGGGAGGUUUUCUCUAAAUACGGCCCACUCAGCGAUGUCAGCAUUGUGUACGACCAGCAGUCACGCCGCUCCCGAGGCUUUGCCUUCGUCUAUUUUGAAAACUGUGAGGACUCCAAAGAGGCAAAAGAGCGUGCUAACGGCAUGGAGCUCGACGGGCGCAGGAUUCGAGUGGACUUCUCCAUCACCAAAAGAGCCCACACUCCCACUCCUGGAAUCUAUAUGGGACGGCCCACGUACGGCGGGGGGCCCAGCACAUCAAGGCGAGUGUCGAGGGAUUACGACCGGGGCUACGACAGAGGAUACGACCGCAGCUACGAUCGCUAUGACGACCGAGACUGUUACCGAUCAUACAGACGUAGAUCUCCAUCUCCGUACUACAGCAGAGGCACCUACCGCUCACGAUCCCGAUCACGGUCCUACUCACCACGUCACUACUGAACAAAAAUGAAGAUGAUGUCAACAACAAAUUCAUUGUUAUUGUUUGGGGGCUUGUUUAUUUUAUUGUCCUGGCUAGAUUGAAACAUUGUUUGAAGCUAUUGUAUAUGUGAUAAGAAUUCUGAAUUAACCAAUAAAAAAAAAUGAUAAUAAUAAUGAUAAUGAUAAAAUCAUGGUUGUAAAGGCACCACCUGCGCCUCAGCAGCACACUGUUUGGCCUCAGAUGAACUCAUCACAUGCCAUUUACCUGAGAGCUGCUCAGUACAGCUGGAUGAACCGGCUGAACUAUUUAUGGCAAGAUUUCUAUAUCACAAGUCGUCACUUUGUUCUGUUUGUCACUGGUUUCUUACGUCAGAAAAGAGUUUCUUAUGUUAGAUCUAAGUGUAUCUUUCACAUGCCCCUCUUUUUUCCUUAUUUUUGUCUUUUCAUUUGUGUAUUAUCCAUUACAUGUUUUUUUUUUAGCUGGUUGUAUGAAAGCAAUAAAAUGUUGUUUGUU